AAAUUCAAAUUGAUAAACAAAUGCGUGAGUGGGCAUGGAGAGGUAGCUGCUUUACAAUAAUCGCUCGAUCGAAUCAAUGUAUUGCGACGUUAAAUUAACAGUUGCACUGAGAAGCGUAAAAACGAACGGCAGGUGACACGCACACGUCCCGUUCUCGCCUAAACAUCGCGGUUUCGCACUCCAUAAUAGUUAUAAUAGUGAUCGAAUAAGCCAGCGAAAAUGGGAAACUUUGGAUUAAAGCAGCAUUACGAGAUGGCCAAGAGCACAGGUACGUUAGAUCUGUCCCGGAGACAACUCGACAAGUUCACCGAUGACCUCUUAGCCUUGGCGCCGUUCCUGCGUAGUCUCAACCUCGCCGACAACAAGUUCACCGUGCUCUCUGUCGAGGUCCAAAAACUGACAUUGCUAAAAAAUCUCAAUCUAAGCGGUAACAGACUUACCCAAUUACCAGAGGUUAUCGGUACUCUCGUCCAACUGAAAAGGCUCAACGUCAGUUCCAAUCAAAUCUCUGCUCUUCCGGUUUCCUUGUCCAAACUCAAGCAUCUCGAACAGGCCAACCUGUCGGACAAUCGCCUGACCGAGUUCCCCCUUAUGUUCUGCGGCCUCAAGCACCUGGACGUGCUCGAGCUGUCGCGUAACCGUUUGACAUCAGUCCCCAGCGAUGUCGCGGGCCUACACGUCAUCGAAUUGAAUCUCAAUCAAAAUCAGAUAGCCUUGAUAUCGGAGAAACUGGCCGACUGCCCGAGACUCAAGACGCUCCGCCUCAACGAGAACUGCCUGCAGCUCGGGGCGAUACACCGGCACAUCUUCGAGAACUCCAGCAUAUCGUUGUUCGAGCUCGAGGGCAAUCUAUUCGAGAUGAAGCAACUUUGCGAUCUUGACGGCUACGACAAAUACAUGGAACGAUACACGGCCGUGAGGAAAAAGAUGUUUUAAAUCAGAGCUCGCGCGGCCUUAUGUUAACGGACCAUUUACCGUUCCAACUACUUGCUUUGUCGUUUUCAUACAACAACAAAGCAUUGCAACUCCGCAAUUAUAGCCUAAAUUUCAUUUUGUAUAAUCUUCUUGAUAUUAUUCUUAAAAUUUGAAAUUUUGUCCUCCAAGCUCUUACGAUGCUACUAUACAAAAA